GUCUGCGCAAAAUAGAAAACGAGGUAGCAUUUUCGCGGCCUUUGAGGUUGUGUUAUGAUUCAAUCCUAAAUCUAACUGGAAAGAUAAACAUAAAGUUAUCUGUCCUGCUACAGUUGAGGAUUGACGCAAACAAGAGCUCAAACUGGAAUUGUUGGCUGUUUGAAAAGGAAAAUCAGGACCAUAAAUAAAUUAUUGGAUUAUAAAUGGACCAACACUUUUGGAUAAAGAAGAUUGUUGGAACUCCAAGGGACGGAUCAUAAAGUGUUUCACCCACUGAAAGUUGUAUUUCCAUAAUGGCCUUUUCAAACUACAGCAGCUUAAACCGAGCGCAGCUCACCUUUGAGUACCUGCAUACAAACUCGACAACCCAUGAGUUUCUCUUUGGAGCUCUGGCUGAGCUUGUGGACAAUGCAAGGGAUGCCAAUGCAACUAGAAUUGAUAUCUACACAGAGAGCAGGCCAGACCUACGAGGAGGUUUCAUGCUAUGUUUCCUUGACGAUGGAACAGGAAUGGACCCCAAUGAAGCAACUCAUGUUAUCCAGUUUGGGAAAUCCAGCAAGAGGUCCCCUGAAUCCACACACAUCGGACAGUAUGGUAAUGGGUUGAAAUCGGGGUCCAUGCGGAUAGGGAAGGACUUUAUUCUGUUUACCAAAAAAGAAAACAUGCUGACCUGCCUAUUUCUGUCUCGGACAUUUCACGAGGAGGAGGGUUUGGAUGAGGUUAUUGUCCCUCUUCCUACCUGGGACAUCCAAAAUAAGCAGCCGGUCACACAGGAUCCCGAAAAGCACGCUAUUGAAACCGAGCUCAUCUACAAGUACUCACCCUUCAAAACUGAGGCCCAGCUGAUGGAGCAGUUUAAGAAAAUUGAUGGAGACAGUGGUACCCUAGUCAUAAUCUAUAAUCUGAAAUUGAUGGACACCAGGGAACCUGAGCUGGAUGUGGAGACAGACCACCAAGACAUCCUGAUGGCUGGGACAACACCAGAGGGAGUGAAGCCUGAGCGCCGCUCUUUCCGGGCCUAUGCUGCUGUCCUCUACAUCGACCCCAGAAUGAGAAUCUUUAUCCAGGGGCACAAAGUGCGCACAAAGAGGCUCUCCUGCUGCCUCUACAAACCCAGGGUAUACAAGUACACUUCCACACGUUUCAAAACUCGGACUGAGCAGGAGGUUAAAAGGGCUGAUCAUCUCGCUAAGAUUGCUGAAGAGAAGGCGAGAGAGGCAGAAAGCAAAAGUUUGUCGCUUGAGCUGAAGCUGGGAGGAGACCUUUCCCGAGAUGCUAGGACUAUGCUCCGAAAGGCUCAGGAGUCAGCCAUGAUGCUGCGCCGAGAAGCAGAAGUCAAGCGGAAAAUUCUUGAGAACAAACAUAAAGCCCUUAAGGAACCCAAAGAACUUUGCUUCAUAUUUGGAGUGAACAUUGACCAACGGGAGCUGGAUGGCAUGUUUGUAUAUAACUGCAGUCGACUUAUCAAGAUGUACGAGAAAGUUGGACCCCAGCUAGAGGGAGGCAUGGCAUGUGGGGGUGUGGUUGGAGUGGUAGAUGUACCUUACCUAGUCCUGGAGCCCACGCACAACAAGCAGGACUUUGCAGAUGCAAAGGAGUAUCGUCAUCUGCUGAAAGCCAUGGGUGAACAUCUGGUCCAGUACUGGAAAGAUGUGUCAAUUGCUGAGAAGGGGAUUGUAAAGUUCUGGGAUGAAUUUGGCUAUCUCUCGGCCAACUGGAACCAGCCUCCUUCCAGUGAACUGCGCUACAAGAGGCGUCGAGCCAUGGAAAUUCCUGUUACAAUCCAGUGUGACAAGUGUUUGAAGUGGCGGACUCUCCCUUUCCAGCUGGAUGCCGUGAACAAGCGGUAUCCUGACAGCUGGGUCUGUCUCAUGAACCCUGACAGUACACAGGACAGGUGCGAUGCUCCUGAGCAGAAGCAAAACCUUCCGGUGGGAGUGAUGCGUAGGGACACCAAGUCCUCUGAAGACAAACAGAAAGAGAUUUCUGAGAAGAUCAGGCAACAGCAAGAGAAGCUGGAUGCCCUCCAGAAAACCACUCCCAUAAAAUCUCAGGCAGAUGUGAAGAAAUUACCUCUAGAUGUCAGUAUGAAGACAGCGAGUCCACAGGCUACUCGGGCAUCUGAAAGAACAGUGCGACCUCGCUCCCCACCACUUCCAGCCGUGAUCAAGAAUGCGCCCAGCCGCCCGUCCCUCUCUAAACCCCCUCCACUCAGCAGGAAACCUAGCGCCCCAACACGGACAGCCAGGACCUCUGUCCCCUCCCCCCCACAACCUCCACCUAUCAGAAGGGAGGACAUGGUCCCCAAGGGGCGAGCUGCAGCCGCAGGAAAGCCUCCUCCCGCCCCCAGCACCAGGUCUCCAGCUGGCAAACCUCCCACCCGCACCCAGGCCAGGGCAGCAGCCAGUCGCAGCCCACGAAGCACAGGAAAGCAGACCCCUUCAACAAGCAGACAGCAUAAGAUGGUGGUUGAAGAGAGCACUGAUGAUGAGGAAGAGGAGGAGGAAGAUGAACAAGAAGAAGAAGAAAGUGAAGAGGAAGAAGAGCCACAGCCAAAGAAAAGCAAACUGGCCUCAGCAGUGGUAGAACGUGGCAAGGCUGUGAUGAAGAAGGCAGAGCCGAAGCAAGGGAAGGUUCAAGCACCGACAGCAGAGGGCAGCGUGAUGAUGGAGAAAUUGCAGAAGCAGGUGAGGGGCCCUGGACACAGGACCCUGCCCCAUUCUUUGCACAGCAAGGAGAUGCAGAGCUCAGGGAGAAACCAGCUGCUGGCUGCAGCUGUGCCUCAGCAUGCUCAGGCCAUGCUGACCAAUCCCAGGCUGCCUGCUGCCCUGCACCCUGGCAAACGAGUGGUGGAGAAUGUUCCGGGCUCCCAGCGCAGAACCUUCCCUCUCUCCAUCAGCAGUAAGGAGAAAGAGGAGAAACAAAAACGGGGCUCUGGAGAGAAGGGGCUCGCAGCUGCGAAUGAGCCCCAGCUCACCAGGGCUGUGCUGUCUGUGCCUGCCCCCACGCAACCCCCUGCCCCAAAGCUCAGCAGUCGAGCAGUGGUGAAGAUCACUGACAGCACAGAGGAGGACCUGAAGGAUGCACAGAAAGACAAAGGUCUGCUCGUUGAGGUGAAGGUGAACAAGGAGUGGUUCACUGGCCGGGUGGCCGCUGUGGAAACCAGCAAGCAGAGCGUUCGCUGGAAGGUCAAGUUUGACUAUGUUCCCACCACCACAACACCUCGUGACCGAUGGGUGUUUAAAGGCAGCGAUGAAGUACGGUUGAUGCGUCCCCCGUCCCCCAUGGCCCAGAGCCCUGACACCCAGGAGGAGACAGAGAAGGCGUCUGCUCGAAUGGAACCCGACACUACACAGCCUGGCACAAGCCGUGAGGUGACUGAGAGCCUGGUCAUCAUGAUGAGAACGUUCCUGCGUUAUUUUUUUCCACCUGAUUUCCAAAUCCCUAAAGAUGAUGUGAAUACCAUGACUGCAGAAGAGCUGGUGGCAUUUCCAAUGAAGGAGUACUUCCAGCAGUAUGAGCUGGGCCUACAGAGCCUGUGCAACUCGUAUCAGUCGCGGGCCGACGCCCGCGCUCGUGCUGUAGAGGAAAAGAGCAGCAGCGCAGAGGCUCGGCUUCGAGAGUCUGAGGAAAAGCUCCAGAAGCUGCGCACCAACAUCGUGGCCCUGCUGCAGAAAGUCCAAGAGGACAUUGACAUCAACACAGAUGAUGAGCUGGAUGCCUACAUCGAGGAUCUGCUCACCAAAGGAGACUGACCUGAACACUCCUGAAACAUUGGCCAAGAGAGAUUUGCUACACAUGACUGGGUUAUUCGGCCCCGCUAGCCGAUCUUGUUAUCUGUUCCUGUUAGAUCUUGUUCUUUGUUCUGGUGGUCAAGGUGUUGUGGAGCAGCAGCUGGAAACUGUGGGUUGGUACAAUAUUAGUGGUGUGAUGGAAUGCUUUGUAUACGGACCUUCUGACCUUCAUAAUGCUCCAUUUCAAUUUUCUCUGCUCCCAUCUGAGGCCAUUAUGAUAUUUGAGUUUUGAGUUAGUCUUGGAUAUCUACAUAUCAAUACUGUCAGUCACAAGAGAAAUCCCAGUUUGGUUAUGGACCAAAGUAACAUGAAUGGAACGUGAAACAACCCAGCAAUUCAGAAUACCCACUAUCACUUAACAGCAAUGCUUCUUUGGUGUGUGAGAUAAAUGUUGUAUAGAUCAACUGGAACCAGGUUUAUAACCCUUUGAACUGUGUUGCAAGGCUCUAGAGGUACUCCCCAGGGUCUUUGGAGUUUCUUCAUUGUUUGUUUGUUUUUGGGCUUUCUUUUUUUUUUGCUUUUUUUUUUUUGUCUGUAUGCUCUUGGAAUUCAUAGAUCGUUUUAUCCGACAUAUUGUUUCGGUGGACUGAGACUAGUGUAAUUCUAGAACCUGGUAUAACACACAAAGUUCAUUGCCAAAGCAUGUACUGUAGUAUGUAGGAGACCUGGAUAUACAUGCUGGACCGCCAUCUUAUUUCCUUUGCAAAUGGACUCUGUUGCCUUGUAAAUGCACUUUAGUUGAAAAGCAUUAUGUUUUUGACAUUCGCUCUACAAUGUAGUUGUAGUUGAUGAAUGUCUGAAAGGAGAAGUGAAAAUUGCCAUUUCAAGCACAUCCGCUAACAACCACCAACUACGAUUCCUGGGGGAACUAGUUCAGGGGAAUACAAUUCCUGAGGGAGUUGUAGUCGGCAUUUACAGUUUAAUCCAGGUAUGGUAUCCAGGGUGCUUUUGCCAGUCAGGGAAAGUGGAGGCAGAGUGUCAUUAAAGGGGACGUUGUCUUCCACGUGUCUUUUAUUUUUUGUGUGUCCCUCGGUGAAUAUUGUUCAAAAUAAGUAACAAAUUGAAAAAGUAUAAUGAAUCGACCAAACAUUUGGGGGCCAUCCCAAAAGCUUCCCCUCCAGCCAAAGUGUUUACUGGGUUUUAUCAGUAUAUAUUAUUUUAAAACCAUUUUAUUUAGUCACUACAUUAACCUCUACACUGUUUUGUUUCUUUUAAUCUCGGAGAACUGAUCUGGAUUUUUGAAUUGCCCAAAUAUUUUGGGAGAUAAUUUACAGUUGAGGGGUAUCUUUGUUCUGAGUAUUCUGUGGUCAUGUUUCUUUUAAGAAUAUUUUUAAAAUAUCAAAGAACUGUUUUAUUAAAAGGUGUGAUUUA